AUGUAAUAUUUAAAUUUGUUCAUACAACCAAUAUCAAGUGCAGUAGUAUUUCCUUACUCAAGUUUGUAACUUCAUAAUGUAGAUUACUAUAAUCAAUCAUUACAUUCAUAAUAUAUUGGAUUAGUUUCAUAAAUCGAUGACACUUAGCAUAAUGUGGAAACUAUUUCUAAUUAUAGCUAAUAUGGCACACUUGUACAUAUAAGAAGCAAGUAAGAAGAGUCUUCUAAUAUAUACACUGCCUUUGCAUUUACUAGAUUUCGAAUAAAUUCGUUUUGCCAAUUUUCACCAUUUUUAGUGGCAAACGUAGAAAUUCUGAUUGAUGAUAUUCAAAAUAGUGAUACUGAAAUACUUGGUGCAUUUAAAGAAGCCAUAAAAGUAAAUUACACUAGUAUUUUUAGAUCUAUAUGGAAAACUUUUCUCUUCUUCGAAAUGCUCUAUUAAAACAAAAGAUAGAUGAAGAAUAAAACCUAUUAAAAUUAUAUUAUUAGGUGUCAAGUAGAAUUCAAAUUCCUUUUCAUCAAAAAAUUAGAUUAUUAUAAAUGAAUGAUAACAAUGAAAGAAUAUCAACAUUGAUGUAGUAUUUGAAUAAUAAAAUGUCAUAAUAUACAACGAAUAAUGAAUUAGAAUAAAAACUAAAACAGGAACUAAUUUCAGAGAUGUAAAAUAAUGGAGAUAACUUGCUUAAUUAAUUUUAAUAAAUUGUUCCAUAAAUACAAGAAUUAGAAUAGGAUUAUUAAAAGUAAUAUGUAGAAUAAUUACCUUGGGGAAUAAUACAUCCGGAGAGUAUAAUAAGUAUGUCUCAAUGUAAAGAGAUAUUGGAUAAGAGACAUCAUGGAUUGGAGAUGGCUAAAUAACGUAUUCUAUAGUUUUUAGCAAUAAAAUUAUUAACAAAAUCUACUGGAUCUAUAAUUUGUUUACAUGGUAAUCCUGGAGUAGGAAAGACUUCAUUAGCAUAGAGUAUAGCCGAGUCUUUAGGAAGACCAUUUUAAAAAAUAUCAUUAGGUGGAGUAUCAGAUGAAGCAUAGAUUAGAGGUCAUAGAAAAACUUAUGUAGGAGCAUAAGCAGGAAUGAUUAUGGAGGCAAUAAAGAAAGCAAAAUGUAUUAAUCCAGUUAUCUUGCUUGAUGAGAUAGAUAAGAUUAAUUAAUAUACAGUUGGUUCUGCUUUAUUAGAGGUUCUAGAUCCUGAAUAAAAUAAGACAUUUUUAGAUAAUUAUGUCAAUGAAGAAUUUAAUUUAAGUUAAGUUCUAUUCAUUUCAACAGCAAAUUAGUAUUAAUUUGAAUAAUAAUUUUAGUGUUUAAGAAAUAUAACCAGCAUUAAGAGAUCGAUUAGAAAUGAUAGAAAUUCCAUCUUAUACUAUCGAUGAGAAAGAAAAGAUUGCUAUGUUACAUUUAAUUCCAAAAUAAUUAGAACUUAAUGGGAUUGUUGGCAAAGUAGAUUUCAAUAAAGAAAUGAUUAGAUAUUUAAUCAUGAAUUAUACUAAUGAAAGUGGGCUUAGAUAAUUAGAGAGAUAAAUAAAUUCUAUUUUUAGAAAUAUAGCACUUUAAUAAGUAAGAGGUAAAAGAAAGGGAUAUUACAAUAUUAAUAAAGGGUUUAUUAACUAAUGUUUAGGUGAAGCAACAAUCAUUUAUAAGAAUAUUAGUCUUAGAUUAUAAACAGUUGGAAUGUGCAAAGGAUUAAAUGAUGGAAUGAAUAUUUUAGAAGUUAUUAAGAAUAAGGGAUAAGGAAGUCUAUUUUAAUAAUCUAAAGAUUAAUAUAUAGUUGAGUAAGGAAUAACUGCUUUGUCUUAUCUAAGAAAUUGUUUUAAACAUAUUUAAUUUCAGAAUUGGGAUAUCUAUAUUGCAAAUUAGAAUUGUUUAGGUGUUUGUGUUGUUGUUGCUAUGGUGUCUCUUUUUAUGAAUAAGAAGGUUAAAUCUAAUGUUGCUUUUGCAGGUGAAUUAACUCUUAAAGGUUCUAUACUUAGAUAAGAUAAUCUUAGAGAUAACAUUAUUUAGGCAGCUGAAUUUGGAGUUGAAAUGUAAUAUUAUUAUAUUAAUUCUAAGUAUCAUUAUUCCAUCCUAGAAUGUUGGUGAUAUUUAGAAUUUAGAACCUUUAAUUAAAUAGAAAAUUAGAUUAGUUGAUCAUAUUGAAGAAGUUUUUCAAUUAGCAUUUGAAGAUGGAUUUACUUACUACCACUACCCUAAUUUAUGA